UGAUAAUUAACUAGUUUAUUAAUGUGACCAUGGUGUCUGUGAAGAGCAUAGCGUGUAAUCCACUGCUAAUCCCCAUAUCAUUGUUCACAUUAAGCUGUGUUUGGCUCUACUUUUUGGUCACAAUUGCCCCCAAACUGGACGACACUCACGGUCUGAAUCAAUUGAAACAACUCUCGAGUCUAUUACUGGCUUACAGUCAACUGAACUCCACAUAUGUUUUCGUGUUAUUCUGCUCGGCCUAUGUGUUCAAGCAGACGUUUGCCAUACCCGGAUCACUAUUCCUGAACCUAUUGGCCGGCGCUCUCUAUAACGUUUGGUUGGGUUUCCCGUUAUGUUGUCUUUUGACAGCAAUCGGCGCUUCCCUUUGUUACACAUUGUCCGCCGUUUCCGGAAAGGUUUAUAUCGUUAAGUAUUUUCCAACACGUAUUCAAUACUUGCGACACAAAGUCCAUGAGAAUCGCUCGCAACUCAUAUACGGCCUCCUCUUCCUCCGCCUCUUCCCGAUGAGUCCCAAUUGGUUUCUCAACAUCGCGUCGCCGAUCAUCGAUAUACCCAUUCAUCUGUUCUUCAUAUCCGUCUUCAUCGGUCUAAUGCCAUAUAAUUUCAUUUGCGUCCAAACGGGUUGUUUGAUCUCACAAUUGAAGUCAUUGGACGAAGUGCUCGACACGACCACUGUUUUGAAACUCAUUGCCAUCGCAAUGGUAGCACUUUUGCCGGGAUUUUUGUUUAGGAAAAAAGUUAAACUUAAUGACAAACAAAACACCAAUUAG